AUUGGCUAACUUUGCAAAUAAAGAUGCCCUCAGAGGAGAGGGAGAUACUCUCUGACAGACUGUGCGUGGGACAGGAAGGCUGACGGGCACAUCGCCACCUCUCGAGGUUCCCUCCCCAGACCCAACCCAGGUCAACACUGCCAGCUCCUGACACUGGGGGUAGGAGGAGGAGGAAGAGGGGAGCCAGCCCCAGCAUCCCCAACAAGGACUUGAUUGUUUGCUAUCCUACAAGCUGCAAGUCCAGGAAGACGGGCUCCAGCUGCAAGCCACCUGCGCCACGCGGCUGCUCCCUGCCUCCCCACAUUUCAGCUGAGCAUCUGACAUUUCUGUCACUUAAAAAUGGUUGAACAUCAGCCACUUUAUACGGUUCAACUUAACUUUUAUUGAUUAAGGUCAUGGCUAGAGGAUCCUCUCUGAGAAAAGGGCAUUGUAGCCAAGAGCAAAGAGCACACACUUUCCUGGGGCUGAGGACUCCAUCCCAGCCUGAGAUGGUCCAGGUCAGAAGGCCUUGGGCCACUUCGCCAGCAGGCUGGGUGAGACAGAGAAGUAGACCAGCAUGCCAAGCUGAGGCUGGGAAGGGAGAAGCAAAGGAUGGGUCCUCGCCAUGGCAGAGACACCAUCUUGGUACAACCAGCACGAAAAGGGUGUAGCAAGGUGUGGAAACUCCCUUGGUUAGAGAAGUGUGAGCUUUGGUUUGAGCUGUGCUGGGAGACAGGCAGUGACGAGCAGGAGGUGUGUGCUGAGGUUUCUGAGAGCCUGUCUUGUGGUAUCACAAGGAAGAGGAGGGGCCCCAGAGGUCCAUCCAUCUGCGAAAGGACUCCCCUUGCAGACUCUGGAGUGCUCACCAUGCACACCACCCUCCCUGAAUCAACUUCAGAAAACUUUGAGUAUUAUGACUUUGCAGAAGCCUGUGAUAUGGGGGACAUCGUGGCCUUGGGAACUGUCUUCGUGGUCAUACUCUACUCCCUCGUCUUUGCCUUUGGUCUGGUGGGAAAUUUGCUGGUGGUGUUUGCCCUCAUCAACAGCCAGAGGUCCAAAAGUAUUACUGACAUUUACCUCCUGAACCUGGCCUUGUCUGAUCUGCUGUUUGUAGCCACCUUGCCCUUCUGGACUCACUAUGUGAUAAGUGAGCAAGGCCUUCACCAUGCCACGUGCAAACUCAUCACUGCCUUCUUCUUCAUUGGGUUUUUUGGAGGCAUAUUCUUCAUCACCGUUAUCAGCGUCGACAGGUUCCUGGCCAUUGUGCUGGCUGCCAACUCCAUGAACAACAGGACUGUGCAGCAUGGCGUCACCAUCAGCCUCGGUGUCUGGGCAGCUGCCAUCUUGGUGGCCACACCGCAGUUCAUGUUCACCAAAGAGAAAGAGAACGAAUGCUUUGGCGACUACCCUGAGAUCCUGCAGGAAAUCUGGCCUGUGAUCCUCAACACGGAAAUAAAUUUUCUUGGCUUCCUGCUCCCCCUGCUCAUUAUGAGUUACUGUUACUUCAGAAUCAUGCGGACAUUGUUUUCCUGCAAGAACCACAAGAAAGCUAAAGCCAUCAGGCUGAUCUUUCUGGUGGUCGUCGUUUUUUUCCUCUUCUGGACACCCUAUAAUGUCAUGAUUUUCUUACAGACACUCAAUCUCUAUGACUUCUUUCCCAAAUGUGACGUGAAGAGAGAUCUGAAGUUGGCCAUCAAUGUGACGGAGACGAUUGCAUUUAGCCACUGUUGCCUCAAUCCCCUUAUCUAUGCAUUUGCUGGAGAGAAGUUCAGACGAUACCUUUACCAUCUGUACAGGAAAUGCCUGGCUGUCCUGUGUUGCCAUCCUGUCCACCUCAGUUUCUCUUCGUCUCUGUCUGAAUCACAAAGGAGCAGGCGGGAAAGUGUUCUGAGCAGCAAUUUUACUCAUUACACCAGUGAUGGAGAUGCGUCCAUCAUUCUCUGAAGGGAUCCCAAAGCUGUGUCCCUCCAGCAAGAAUGGAGUUUCUGAGUUGACACUGAAUAAUGAGGACAGAUUUUAAAACUUCUUACAUGCAAGAAACAAUGAAUCCAAAGCUCCCAAGACAAUCCUUAAGUAUUUUCGAGACUUGUGCUCAAAAUUUGAAUGAUAAAGAGUAGACAUUGGCUUUUACUGCCAAUGUCAGGACUUCCUUGUUUACAAAUGACCAAAAUUCAACUCAGACUAACUUAGCCUGAAAAGAGGCAGUAACAUUCACCUUAUAGCAUGGACAAUGGGUGGUGAGUCCUUAGUGAGAGAAAACUAGAGACUGAAUCUAGCUAGCAUGUCCUCUGACUCUCAAUUUUCUGAGUGGUAAGAGAGAUCCCAGACACGUAACACAUCUUUGUCAUCUGAGAGGGAGUGAGACCCAUCCCCCUCUGAGGCCAAGGUCAAAAUCCCCAGAGAAGGGCUCUGAUUGGCCAAGUUUGUAUCAGAUCUUCAUCCCUGGACCACGAGAUGGUAUCCACAGGGAAGAGGUAGACAAGAUGGCAGCUUCCAUUCCAAUAUAUUGGUUGGAGAUGCAGGAAGAUGUAUUUCCAAAGAGCUGAAGGUGUGGGUGCUUCUUUGAUCAGACUGAACAAGAGUUGCCCACCAACUGUACUGGGUGUCUGGCUCAGCCUCCCUCCUGAUUAUACUGGCCAGCACACACUGCCAGACUCUUCUUCAUUAAGCCCUCUCUGUCAUAUCCCCAAACCUACAAAGGUUCCCCUAGCGUACAUUGUAUCAAGUCCAAACUCAAAUGCCUGGCCUCCAAGAUGUUCCAUUAUGCAGUCCCAAUAACAGAUUCCCCAGUGCCUUCUUUUCUCAAAGGACUCCAGCUCCCGCCUCAGGCAGGUCUCUUCCAUCUGGUCACAUGCAUCACCACCUGAUCCAGAACCCAGGGGAAUAAACAGAAAAAGACACUGGCCCAAACUGAGAAGGCAUGGUUUCUAAUCUUAGCUCUAUCACUUAUCCACUGGAUAACUGGGGGCCAACUGAGCUUAGUUUCCUCAUCUGUAGAAUGGAAAUUAUAGCUCUUUUCCUGUAGGAAGCAUGCAGCAUGAGGAGCCAGCCUCCAGCUCUCACAGAUUCCAACCCUCCUGCCAGGUUCCCAGACUUCAGCCUUUCCCCAACCUGGCACCAUGCUUAAGUGGUGCUGUUGACAGAGCUUGGAAGGGCCUCACAGGCUCUGCUUGUGAUGCAGCCCUUGACAUGGAGGAGGCUGGCUCCCACGGUGAUGCUCAAUGGACACUCCUAGAUAUACAGAUUGAUAGGCUUUCCUGACUCAGUCCUCCCAGGCUGCCUGGACCAUUUCCUCCCAAUCAACUGGUGACGACCCCAUCUGGAGAGAACCUCAUCAUUCAUGCCACUGCCAACCUGAACAGCCCGAGUCCCAGGAACAGCUUUCCCUUUCUCAGUUAACGUUUGAGAUGGUCUGAAACUUUAAAGCUUGAAAAACAAUUGUGGUGAUGCUAAAGAAAAUAUCACCUAUAAUCUAAUCACGCAAUAUCUUCAUGUGCCCACUGGACCUUGUUCACAGCCUCACAUGUUCAAAGUUGCAAUCAUAGUGUAUGGACAGUUUUAUAAUCUGCUUUUUUUCUCUCUCUCUCUUAACAUUAGGCCACAGAUAACGCUCUGUUUCUGCACAGUUUUGUGAUGAUCAUUUUAGAAGACUCUGCCAGGUCGUGUGCUCACUGAAGGCAUCUGACUCAUUGCUCUAUUUCUCACUCCUUGGAAGUCAAUGUAUUUGUUUACCCAAUGACAAAUGAAUUACAUUCCAUUAAGAUCAUGUACUGCAACUUAUCAUUACCCUGUUAAUAAGCACUUCAUGUGUUUCUAAUAUUUAGCAAAUACAUAUUUUAUAGCA